GCCCGCCGCCUACGCCAACGCCGCCGGAGUCCAUGGCAGGGACGCGCUGGGUCCUCGGGGCGCUGCUUCGAGGCUGCGGUUGUAACUGCAGCAGCUGCCGGAGCACGGGCGCCGCCUGCCUGCCCCUGGCCUCGGCCGCUGGUCCCUUCCCCGCGGGCGUGUCGGGCCGCCGCCGCCUGCUGCUGCUUCUGGGCGCCGCGGCGCAGACGCGCGGCCUGCAUUCCGGGCCCGCGCGCGCCAGGAGGCUGGCGGGACCCGCGCCAGCCGCCGCCGCCGCCUGCCACCCGGCCCUGCGUGCCCCGCUGCUGCCGCAGUCGCUGGCGGCCGCCGCGGGCCCGGCGCGGGGCUACAGCCAGGAGUCCAGAACCACCUACCUGGAAGACCUCCCAUCACUUCAGGAGUAUGAAUUGGCCUCACCCAAGUUAGGAGAGGAAGUGGAUGAUGUGUAUCUCAUUCGUGCUCAAGGGCUGCCCUGGUCAUGUACUGUAGAAGACGUACUAAACUUUUUCUCAGACUGCAGAAUCCGCAACAGUGAGCAUGGGAUCCAUUUUCUCUUGAAUAGAGAUGGGAAGCGCAGGGGCGAUGCCUUGGUUGAGAUGGAGUCGGAACAGGACGUGCAGAAGGCCCUGGAGAAACACCGCAUGUACAUGGGCCCGCGCUAUGUGGAAGUGUAUGAGAUAAACAAUGAAGAUGUGGAUGCCUUAAUGAAGAACCUGCAGGUCAAGUCCUCCCUGCCAGUCAGCGAUGGUGUGGUUCGACUGCGGGGACUUCCGUACAGCUGCAAUGAGAAGGACAUCAUAGACUUCUUCGCAGGACUGAAUAUAGUAGACAUCACUUUUGUGAUGGACUACAGGGGACGAAGAAAAACAGGGGAAGCCUAUGUACAGUUUGAAGAGCCAGAGAUGGCCAGCCAGGCCCUGCUGAAACACAGGGAGGAAAUUGGGAACAGAUACAUAGAGAUAUUUCCAAGCAGAAGGAAUGAAGUCCGAACACACAUUGGCUCUCAUAAGGCAAAGAAAAUGGCAUCUUCUCCUACUGCCAAGUAUAUGACUGAGCCAGAUGUGGUCUUUGAAGAACACGAAAUAAACGAGGAUAUUCGACCCAUGAUGGCUUUUGAAAGUGAGAAGGAAAUAGAACAGCCAAAGGAGGUGCCUGAGAAGCUUCCAGAAGCUGUCGAUUUUGGAGCCACUCCCUCCCCACACGUGGUGCACAUGAGAGGGCUGCCUUUCCAUGCCAAUGCCCAGGACAUCAUAAAUUUCUUCAUGCCGCUGAAGCCAGUGAGAAUCACUAUGGAGUACAGCUCCAGCGGGAAGGCCACAGGUGAGGCCGAUGCGCACUUCGAAAGCCACGAGGAUGCAGUGGCGGCAAUGCUCAAGGACCGGUCCCUUGUGCACCAUAGGUAUAUUGAACUGUUCCUAAACUCGUGUCCAGAAGGCAAAUAAGACUUCAGGGGUUUCAGAUAGUAUGGGUGAAGACAAGUGUUUUGUUUGCACAUGUUUCUUGGACAUGGGAUAACAAGUUCCAGUUUAUUGGCAGCAGCUGCUACAGAAAAAAUUUUGAGGUUUUUGGUUAAUUGCAUCUAAGAUAAGUUUGUAGUGAACUGAUUAAAAAGAGGAAGAUGCAGUUUGGAAUUAUAAAAUAAACUACAAAUUAUAAUUUUUGCUUAAGCUGCUCAAGAUCUGGUUAAAAGAAUAUGGUCUUUAUUUUAUAUAGUUAUAAACAGUUUCUUUUCAUAGAGGAUAUGUUACCCAAUGUAAAGAGUACAUAUUUUUAUUCAGCAGUAUUUGUUAAAAUUUUUCUCCCAUUUAGAAAAUAGCCUUUUCAAGAUUUUUAUUUUUUGCCUAUGAAUUAAGAGCUCUGAUUUAAAACCUCUAAGGGAUUAAAUUAAUGAUGUAUUUUAAUCACUCACCAAAGCAGGAAAGAAUUUCAGACUUUUAAACCAGUGUGGUUUGGAAAAAGUUUUUAAUUUUAGCUGUAUUCGGUACCUAGAUAGGGGUAGGAAUUUAAAAAACAGAAGAUGAGUGUAAGACAGUUUGGCAGUUUUAUGUUUUAGAAAUGUUUUGCCUUCUAAGCUUUGCAAAGCUUUUCGCAUCAGUGCCUGUCCAGUUAUGGGAAAGUCAAGCCCCUCACCCUAACUUGUUCUGGUUUUGGGUAAGGGUAUUUGUUAGUGGCAGAACUAUAAAGUGAUACCAUGUGUCAUAAUGUGAUACCAUGUAAAGUGAUACCAUGUGGGAAGAAUGUUCAUGGCUUCCCUCAGAUUUAGAUCAGGUGGGAGGAAAAUGCAAGUCCUUUGUUUACUUCUGCAGUGCGCUAGCCCAGCCUGUAUUUUAGAACCAAUAGAGUGCCUGGCUUAGGUAAACAGCAGUCACUGCGUGAUCGUGUGAAGACCAUGGUGAGCUGUGCUCCGUGUACUGUGGUGUUCCCCCUGCUUUCUGUUAAACAGCUCGCUGUGUCAGUGCUGGAUGAGACAGCUGGCUUCCAAAUGUAGUUACUAAUAAACUAACUGUGUGCAUCUGUGUCAGAGCUCAA